AUGAAAAAGAAUUUUGACUUUAAAAGGGAUAGACUUAGAAAUGAACAAAAAUUAUCUUCAAGGAGCGAUGAAUUUGUCCCCCAUGUUAAUGAAAUAGACAAUUCAAAUGAUACAGUUUCAAUAUACAUGACUGAACAUAUAUUAAGAAGAAUUAAAUUGUUAUAUCCUCAUUUAUGGUAUGAUGAUAUUUGUUGUGUUCAUACAGUUUGUAAUAACGAAUUCACUAAUAAAUCAACAAAGGAAUUAGUUGUGAUGCUAAAAGUUUUUGAUUUAUUUGUUAAGUCUGAGGAAUGGUAUUUUAUUAAGACUAAAGAAGAAGUUAUUGAAUUAUCAACCUAUCCAGAGUUUGAGAUAAUUCGUAAUAAUAUCAUCGAUCUCUUGAAUUAUAACGUUGUACCAGAACAACUAAUAGGUACUAUUAUUAACGAAAACAUGACAUUAGGAAUGAGCGUUCAAUGUUACAAACAAUUAACUAAUAAAUAUAAACACAUUACCUCUUUAAUUAAAGGGAUAGAUGAUUAUUAUGAUGACUUGAAUAAAUAUGCUCAACAUGAAAUUAAUGAAAUUCACCAAAUCGAUUGGUAUUUCUCUUCAACUUAUCCAAAUAAGAAUCGUUUGAAUAAUUCCGAGGAAGACUUACUACUAAAAAGUAUUGAAAAAGAAAAAAAGGUACUAGAUGGUUUAUUGAAUGAAUGUAAUUGUAUUCAAAAAAAAUUACGAGAAAAAUAUAGUUUAGAUACUGAACUAGUUAUAGACAAGAAACUCCUCAAAGAAAUUGAAGAAAAGCAAAUUGAAAUUAAUAACAAGGAUCAAAUGAUAUCUCAAGAACUAAAACAUAACUCUUAUUUAUGGAUUCAUCAUUUAGAAAAUGAAAAGAAAUAUUGUGGUGAAUGUAAAGAAAGAAUAAUUAAUAAAAUAAGUCAACUAAAAGAACAACUAAAAGACGAUUUUAAAAGAGAAGAAAUAAGAACAGCCCCAUUAAUUCAAAGUGUUGAAAACCUAAAAUACCUUAAUUGGUGCCUCAAAGAGACAUACGAUUUAUUAACUGGGUUGGAUAGUAAAACCAAUACAUUUUUUGAACAAGAAAAAUCAGACUUAAAAAGCCAAACACUUGAUACUAUUCAAAAUUCUUUUAAGUCUAUUAAUUCAUUACUUGAUGAAGUUGAUCAACAACAAGAAGAGAUAUUAACAAAUUUAAACUCUUUAUGUUAA